UAUAUGAACUGCUUCGGCUUCACAAGGACUGGGCCGCGCCGACAAGUUGUGAUAUCGGCUCGACGGCUAUGGCUGGCUGAUGACCAAAAAUCUCACUCAAAAGGCCCUUGUUGUCCUUAUUCUUAUCGGAUCCUCUUGCCCCACAUUCCUGCGAGCAUCGGCUCCGGUUUGAGCCGUUUGAUACUUGCGCUUACUACGUAGGUUUGCAAACGAACUACAGCGCAUCUGUGGCCGGUAGAAGUAUGUGGGCUGUCGUCUGAUGUCCGACAUGACGGGGUUUUGCAACAAGUUGCCGAGCCAGAUCGACAAAUGCUCAAAGGCGGCCAUACCGUAAAGAUAUCCCGGCUUUGCCUCCAUAUCUCAAGACAUUGAUUGAUUGGCUUGGCAUCACACGACCGCAUCUGAGUAUAUUGACACCAUCAGACAAAAUUCGGUGUAAAAAACACAGUUGCCAUGAACAGCCUCGAAAUCUCGCCCUUCAUCGCCGGCCUCCCCAAGGUUGAGCUACACAUCCACAUCGAGGGCACCCUGCUCCCCUCACUCCGGUGGAAGCUUGCCAAGCGCAACAAUGUGUCCCUGCCGUACGACACCUACGAGGCGCUCUUGGAAUCCUACAAGGUCUUUUUCAACCACCGCCCGGAAAUCAAUGGCCGUGUUCCCGGCAUCCCGACAUUUCUUGAGGCCUACUUCGCCGGCUGCGAGGUCCUCCGAACGGAGGACGACUUUUACGAGAUGUCCAUGGACUACCUCCGCCGGUGCGCCGAGAUGAACGUCCGCUACACCGAGCCCUUCUUCGAUAUUCAGGCGCACACCCGCCGGGGAGUCCCCGCCGCGGACGUGCUGAACGGUUAUCUCCGGGCCCAACACGACGGCGCGGAGCGGUAUGGCGUGCGGUCCAACUGGAUCUUCUGUUUCAUUCGCGACGAGAGCGUCGAAGACGGCGAGGCGGCGUACGAGACGUCGAGGCCGUGGGCGGGCGGCGGUGUUGAGGGUGGCAAGGGCCUCUUCCACGCCGUUGGGCUCGCGAGCAACGCGUUCGAACGACCCCCGAUGCUCUUCGAGGCAGCGUUCAAGAAAGCCAAGGCCGAUGGGUUGCACGUGACGAUGCAUUGCGAUUUUGGGCAGAAGGAUACCUUCGAGCACGUCCGCGAGGCCAUCUUCGAGGUAUGCGGCGGGGCGGGCGCGGAGCGCAUCGACCACGGCCUGGACGCUGCCGACCGCGACGAGCUGCUGCAGGGCCUGCUGGACCGGGGCAUCGGGCUGACCCUGUGCCCCCACGCGUAUCACCGUCGCACGCCGACGGAUGUGUUGUUCCCCAAGAUUCGAAAGCUGUGGGAGAAGGGCGUCAAGUUUUGCAUCAACAGUGAUGACCCCGUGUACAUGCACGACGUGUGGGUGGACGGGAACAUGCAGAAGGCGUACACCUACUGUAACUUCAACAAGAAGGAUAUGGUGACGCUAGCGCGGAAUGCGGUGGACAUGUGCUGGGCAGGUGACGAAGUCAAACAGGAACUUUAUCGAGAACUCGAUGCGAUCGACACGUCCGAGUAAAUCAAAUGUUUGUCAAAGGGCAGAUGCAGAGCACAAUGCGGUGUUCUUUUAUCAUCGGCUGCGGCUGGUUGAUAAGCCAAACUAGUAGUUCCCUCUAUUCCAUGGUGGCAGCCAUAUACAGGAGUCGAUCGCCAUCAAGAUCAUGUCAAAUGAGCUUAUGAACCCGGGUCAACUAUACCGGAAACAUCCGCAGACAGAUACUUUAUGACCAUCAUGGACGUGACACUCGAGGCACAGCCUAUAAAUGACUAGUUGCUCAGUUUGAGGAUUAGCGUCUACCAUUGUGUACAGUAACCGGUCAAAGUAUCUGUUGCGCUAAAAACGACGCCGUUAGUCGCAGCAACACAACUAACGCCUUGUAUCACAUCGUGACAGUAUCCGAACUCAUAA